AUGAAGUUUGAUACUUUUGAGGAAGUUUAUGAUCACUACAAGCAAUAUGCACUCAGACAUGGGUUUGGAAUGAGACUGGAAUACAGAAAAACAAUAAAAGACGAUACUGUAAGCAGAGUCCUCUUGGUUUGUGGGAAAUACGGCAAGCCAAAAACAAGCAAGGAGGAGACAGAGGAUGUGCAAGACCCAAAAGGCAUCGUGAACAAGAGGAAAAGAGGGAAGGUUGUGAGGUUGGGAUGUCCGGCCCACCUUUACAUCACCCACACGGAUGCGUGGUGGAGAGUCAAACGCUUCAACGACGACCACAACCACCCUCUAAUAAGAAAGCCGUCCAUGACAAAGGUCCUAUCAUCACAUAGGAACAUUCCAAAAGAUGAGCAGGACUUCUUGAAGAUAUUGCACGGAUGCAACAUAGAGACAGCAAGACAGAUUCAACUAAUGUCAUGGUUCUACGGGAAUCCUAAAGAUGUACCAUACACAACAAAGGACAUCGCAAACCAGCGAGCUAAAUUCUGGAUGGAGUACCGCCAUGCUGAUGUGGGGAGCACAAUCUCAUACUUCCAAGAUAUGAAGGCACAAGAUCCAGAUUCUAUUGGAGAAUAA